CCCUUACCCAUUACUUUCAACCCCUUUCCACCCAAUCUUAUCGCUCAAUUCUUGAAGACAAGCAAGAAAAUCAAUUGCGAUUCAUACGUUUCAGACCAUGGGCUCUCUCGAAGAAUCUCUUCAUGUUGUCAUUGUAGGAGCAGGCCUCGGAGGUCUCGCCUUAGCAAUCGCCUGCAGAAGGCAGGGCUUCAAGGUCACCGUCUUUGAGUGGGCGCCUAAGCUUCUACCCAUUGGCGAUUCUAUCGGGUUUGGUUGCAACUCUUCGAGAAUAUUGGAACGGUGGGGCCUCAUGCCGGAGCUCGAGGCAUUGACUUGCAAGGCCGAAUUCUGCGCCAUGAACGAUUGGAACGGCAACCACCUUGGAAUUGAUCGAGCUCAAGGUGAAGCGAAAGCGAAAUAUGGCGUUCCGAGCCUGGUAGUGCACCGCGGUGACGCUCACCAAAUCUUCCUCGACCAUGCGAUCAAGAACGGAGCGGAUGUGAGAUUGGACGCCAAGGUUGUAGAUUACGACAACGACAAGCCCAGUGUUACACUCCAAAACGGCGAGGUUCAUAUUGGAGAUGUGGUGAUUGCAUCAGACGGUGUUAAGAGUCUAGGAAGGAAACAGGUUCUGGGUUACUUCGAUAAGCCGCUUCAUAGUGGUUAUUCUGUUUGGCGAGCAUACGUUGAUGCUUCAGAGUACCAGAACGAUCCCCUGGUAAAGAAGUUUGUUGAAAAAGGUGACACAUUCACACUUUGGAUUGGUAAGGAUGUCCACGCAUUUGUUAUUACGACACAAGAUGGUGGUCGGAUCAAUGCUACCAUGACACAUACUGAUGAUGCGGAUGUCGAGGAGGGCUGGAUGUCUCCUGGUUACAAGAAGGAUAUAUUGGAGAACCUCAAAGGCGCCGACCCCUCUUUGGUUCGCGUUUGGGAAUUGAUUCCUGAAGACAGAAUUCUAGAUUGGAAACUCGUCUAUCGUCGAUGUCUCGAUAAAUGGGUUGCAGACUCCGGGCUAGUUGCAAUCAUGGGAGAUGCUGCUCAUCCUUUCUUGCCUUCGUCUUCCCAAGGUGGGAGUCAAGCCAUUGAGGAUGGAGCUACAAUUGCGAUGUGCUUGGCCAAAGCUGGCAAGGCGAACAUACCUUUGGCUCUGCACACGUACUUCGAAAUCCGUCAUGACCACGUGCUCAGAGCGCAGCAGGCAGGUAUUACCCAGCGCGACAAAUGGCACCAUAACCAUGACGAUGAUGGAAAGCUGGUAAAAGAGAUCAAGAAAUCCGAGGAAGAUAUCUUGGAUGAACCCAUCCUAGACAGUUCAAUUCUCUGGCACCACGACGCCGAAAAGGUCUGCGAGGAGAAGUACCCCGCUGCGUCUGCCAAGGUGGCUUCCAAGCUUGGAAUUGCAAAGGUAGCUAGCUAAAUUAUGGUGAUUGUCUCGUAC